AUGGCUAGAGGUAAACUACGACACCAUGCCCAGGGUGAGAGGUUUGGCUACAGAGAGGUUGUUUUAAAAGGAGAUCCUAAGAAGUUGAAUCUCCAUGGGCAGACAUGUGCUGUCUGCCUGGAAGACUUCAAAGUCAAAGACGAGCUGGGUGUGUUGCCAUGCCAACACACCUUUCACAGGAAGUGUCUGGUGAAAUGGCUGGAGGUGCGCUGUGUGUGCCCCAUGUGUAACAAACUUAUCGCUACUGGACGAACUGGUGUAACCAUAGCAUCCAGCACGGAGGGGGCUCUGCAAGCCGAUGUAACCUAGCUCUAACAGGAAGAGAACACUGUUAUCUGGUGUAACCUAGCAACCAACAGAACGUGGACGCUGUUAUCUGGUGUAUCCUAGAAACCAUCCACAGAUUACUGUGAAAUGGUGUAACCUAGCUACCACCUGGAGAGGACUAUAAGAACUGCUGUUACCUAGCAACCAACACAGAGCUGCAGACAGGAGUCUACACCACACUCUGUCUAAUCUCCUUCCCAGACACUUCCGCCUUAAUGCGCGAAGAGUCUGGUGGACCAAAGCGUCAAACUUGGCUUUUGUUAGCAAAUAGAAAGGCCAGGAGAAACUCCCAGCGCAUAGGCAUUAGCUUAAUCUACCAAUCAAUCAUCUCCAACAGCACCCUAACCCUCUCUCAUACAUGUCUUCCAUACGUGUCUUGUCUCCCUUUGGAGUCACGCCUCGCAGUCAUGUGAUUCGCUCAA